AUGCAAAUUGUAGAUAAUAGAUCUAGCGUGACUCUUUUGUCAAUUAUUGAUAAAAUUUGCUUGCCAGGAACCAUUAUACACGGCGAUGAAUGGGCAGCACAAGGAACAUUGACAAGAUUUUAG